CCGGGGCGGCCAUCAUGGCGCGGCGGCGGCUGCGGGCGGGGAAGCGGGGCGAGCCCGCCGCGCUCCUCCGCGCCCCCUCCGCGGAGGACGAAAGCCCGGAGGACGAAGGCCCGGAGGAGGUGUCCUUCGGCGUGGCCAGGGAGGCGGCCGAGACCGAGCGGAAGCUCGUGGGGGAGGCGGCGCGGAGGCACCGGGAGCUGCUGAAGGAGAAGCGGCGGCGGCGCCAGGAGCUGUUCCGGGAGCAGAAGAGGCAGAAGCUGCUCCCCGAGGCCGUGCUGCAGGAGCUGAGCGCCGCCCCGCCCGCACGGCCCGCUGGAGAGGCGGCGGCUGAGCCAGGUAAACAAGGUGGAGGUGGGGCUGCCGAGCAGAAUCAAGGCCAAGCCCAAAGGCCGGUGAAGAAAGCCAAGGGAAGAAAGGGUGCCAGCUCAAAAGGAAACUAUACAGCUGUCUGCUUAAAAGAGGAGAGUGUCACAGGCCUGCAGGAACAGCUCGCCAGAGACUUUUUAAGUGCUCAUCUCUACGGCCCGGAGGCCCGGCGGGUGCAGGCAAAUGAAUUUUUUUCCAUUGAAAAUAAGAAAAAGCCAGUGAAAGCAGCUGCAGUUCAGUUUGUGGACAAAUCUUGGGGGCAAGAAAAAAAGCAAAAAGCAUUAAGGUUUAAAAAACGUUGGCUCUCGACACAGCUUAAAAAACAGCUAUGAAGACAGCUUUUUUCAGAGGAUGCAAUUAAGAACUUUUUAACUGAAAGUUACAAGUCUCUCACCCUGACUUCACCAUCGCUCAGCUCUUGGGUCUAGCCCGCAGCCCCCAGCAAGUGCCAACCUUCAGACAGCUGUGCCCAGACUGACUGCUCUGUUCUCUUCCUCCCUCCUUCAGAAGUGGUCAGAGAAGCCAAGGAACAAGCAGGGCCAGGGUAGGAGUUCUGUAUCCUUAAUACUGCCUCAGAGCAGCUGGUGUUACAACCACAGUUGUAGAGCUGCCUCUGUGAGGCAGCCCCUUUGCAGCAAAUAAAAUAUGAAUGGUGUUUGUACUUGC